CAGAUGUUCAGUUCUGCAGCCUCUGCCUCACCCACCUCUCCUGCUUCUCCCCUCAGAGAAAGUCCAAGAUCACCGCAUCCCGCAAACUCAUGCUAAAGAGCCUGAUGCUGGCCAAGGCCAAGGAGUUCUGGGAGCAGGAACACGAGGAGCGGGAGGCUGAGAAGGCCCGCUACCUGGCUGAGCGCAUCCCCACGCUGCAGACCCGUGGCCUGUCUCUCCGUGCCUUGCAGGAGCUGUGCCGGGAUCUGCAUGCCAAGGUGGAGGUUGUGGAUGAGGAGAGAUAUGACAUCGAAGCCAAAUGCCUGCACAACACCAGGGAGAUCAAGGACCUGAAACUGAAGGUGCUGGAUCUCCGUGGGAAGUUCAAGCGCCCGCCCCUGCGCAGGGUCCGGGUCUCAGCGGACGCCAUGCUCCGGGCCCUGCUGGGCUCCAAGCACAAGGUGUCCAUGGAUCUUCGGGCCAACCUGAAGUCUGUGAAGAAGGAAGACACUGAGAAGGAGCGGCCCGUGGAGGUAGGUGACUGGAGGAAGAACGUGGAGGCCAUGUCCGGGAUGGAAGGCCGGAAGAAGAUGUUUGAUGCUGCUAAGUCUCCGACCUCACAGUAGAGGUCCUGGGAACACUCCGUGCCGCUUUGUCCCGCAGGCCGCUUGCCACACUGUGUGUGGGCUCUCGCUUCACGCUCUUCCAUCAGGUUCCAUCUCUCUGCAUCCCAGCCUGCCUCACCUUUCCCCUCCAGCCUGAAUUUCUUCCUUUUGGAAAUGGGAUAAACACACACGCAAGAGAGGAGAACACCAGUGUGACCCUUAUUGAAGACCUCACCCCAGGUGGGAGGCACCCUAGGUCUCCCCAGCAGCCAAGCUGAAGACGAGGACGUGAGGGCACCCACCCCAGCCUGGUGCGCCUCCUCCUCGCUGCUGUGUGUAUGCGUGCAUGGUGUCACAGCCUCCCCAUUAAAAACCCAGUGUC